CUGGUUUGCGCAGGCUCAUAUUGGACCAGGCUUGCAACAUACAAAUGGCUGGCAGAACUUUCCUAAAUAUCACAUGAUUACAUGACUGUCAGCGUUUUACUCCAAACAUUUUUGGGAAACAGUGUCCGUAGGAAAAUGAAUAGACGUGACACAUUGUCUUCAAGGUGAUAUGACCGGCAGUACCAGGCAUCAUGUCUGUGGAUGGCCACCGGACGUCCGUUUUCACUUUCCAGUCAGCAGUUCACAGUUCCCAUGUACUCCGCUCCCUGGAUGUGCAGCGGCAGAACGACGUGCUGUGUGAUGUGACCGUUCUCGUGGGGAACCGGAGUUACCGAGCGCACUGUUCGGUCCUCGCCUCUUGCAGUGACUUCUUCCAUUCCAGAUUCCUCUGCCACGCCAGUCAGAACCGAGUCAUCACUCUUCCUGACAAUGUGACGGUGGAAGGCUUUGAACCACUGCUGCAGUUUGCUUACACAGCGAAGCUUCUCUUCACCAAAGACAACAUUUUGGAGAUACAUCAAUGCGCAGAGUUCUUGGGCUUUCACAACCUGGACCAGUCUUGUUUUGAGUUUCUUAUUCCCAAGUUCCACAAGGAUGCCAGUGUCACAACAGAAGCUCAAAGAGCCAACAGGAAGUCCUGUGGUGACAAAGGACAUCAGUGCAAUGACACAACCCCUGCUGGCCAUGUCCAGGACCCAGGUGAUAUAUCCACAGACAUAUCCCAGAGCACAACACUAGAUUGCUCAGGCAUUGCAGGACAAUGUCUAGACCCAAGCCUUGUUGGUCAGCCCCCACAGCCCAGCACCUCUGCGCUACCAGAGGAGGACUUAUCUCUGGACUUUCCUUCACCAAAGAGCCCCACAUUCCCUGCGGCCCAUGGCCAAGACCAGUUCUGCCUGCAAAACUGUGGUCCUGAGCUUCAGCCCUCAUUGUCAACGGCACCAGAGCAACUGUGCCCCUUCCUCAAGAUGGUAGGCUCGAGUGGAGACAUGGGAGACGAGGCUAUGCUAGAUCUGGCCAGCAGUGGGUGUCCAGGUGAUGAUUCCAUGGAGACCUGUCCCAUUUUGGACCAGCAGUCGCAGUCACCUUUUCCGGACCAAAUCAGUGUGCCUGAGGCAUGCAGUCAGGCCUCAGACCAAGCUGUGAUAACAGUAAGGACCCCCACCCAAUGUAGCCGGCAGUGCCAGCUGAAUUCACCAGAGCCCUUAGAGCCAGGGAACGUCAUGGGAAACACUGACGCAGAGUCUUCCCUCAAUUCUGACAGUGCUGGGCACACGCCAUCCUGUGAUACUUCCAUGGAAACAUCCGGAAAUCGCAGCAGUGUCGAGAGGGAGGUGGCCGAGCACCUUGCCAAGGGCUUCUGGUCCGACUUGGGCACGUCCUUGUCCGAGCCGAUGCCCUUGGACGAAGUGGUGGAGCAGUCAGCUUCAGAGAAUGCCAACGCUGCCGCGGACUUCCACUGGCUCAAACACCUGGAUCUCAGCUCAGCCGCAGGGGAGUGCCCCUUCCUGAGGAACCUGGGGUCGGAGGAGGCCCAGACCCCAGUGGGAGACUGCUCCAGCCUGCCACAGCAGGACCAGAGCCCCUGCAUGUCCCCCAUCAACUCUGAAGACGACUUGCAAUCGGACACGGAGGGAGAGAGGGAGAGGGAGGUGCACCGCGAGCGGGCUGAGGAGAUUCAGCUGCCCUUCCCAGUGGAGCAGAUCCCAACCAUGACCCGCAGCGCCUUCCAGCAGAUGCUGCGGCAACAGAAGCUGACCCAGGAACAGCUCGAGUUUGUCCACGAUGUCCGGCGCCGCAGCAAGAACCGAGUGGCUGCCCAGCGCUCCCGAAAGAGGAAGCUGGACUGCAUUCGAAAGCUGGAGUGUGAGAUUAAGAAACUGCGAGGUCAAAAGGAGAAGCUGCUGCAGGAGCAGAGCCACCUGAAGCUGAGCAUGGGCCAGACGCUGCAGGGCCUCUCGGGCCUGUGCCAGGCGGUGUGCGCCGACGCCGGGCCGCAGCCCAACCAGCUGCAGCUCCUGGCCCAGCAGCUGUCCUCCCCCUCCGCCGGUGCCGCCGCGCCCGCUGCUGUGGACUGCGCCCCGUCCUCCAUCCUCCUCACCCCCAUGGCAUCCCCGAGCCUGGCAGGCCAGGAGCGGGACGCCCCAAGUGCGGACGGCAGCGCCGUCUGCGCCACCAAAGAGCCCUCCGGGGUGGAGGCGGCUACCCCGUGCCCGCAGGCGGAGCCCGCCAUGCCAGAGGAGAACGACGAGUCAAGGGAGGAGAGGAUGGGCGACAGCCGCCUCCUGGACAACACCACCACUCUGAACCACUAGGGGCACUGUGAUGGUGGACAGGUGGACGAUUGUGGCUUUCUUUACUUUUUGCUCUCUGCUUUCCACGAGUGACUUGUCAGUUUUCCUACUUUGACUCGGGAUGGGAACGCAAAGACACGUAUGCUCUCUUUUCAUAAAAUGUAUGCAAUAUUCAUUACUUUGGCAUUAAGCGAACGGAGUGAACAUUAAAAAGAUGUAAAGACAUCUGACCCUACUACCGUUUAUACUGUACCUUGCAUUAAUCUGAGUUUGUCAGAUGGGUCAGGUGUCUGGGACACCAUAUUUUGUUUUGGGGGGGGGGGGGGGCAUUAUGUUGAUAGAUAUUUCUAUCACACCACACAUUACUACAGGUUUAGUUAUUACUGUACUCAUAUGCAUGUUGUUAAUGGCCUGUUUCUGAUGCAAAUAAGAGGAAUUCUUCGAUGUUACUGAUGGACUGCCCUUUACGUACCGGCCCCAUUUAAAACCCAUUUGAAUUUCUGUGUGUCAUGUAUGUGUAGUCCUUCACCCUAAGGCUCCGUUAUCGUGUCUUAAUUUACAUUGUGUGCGUUGCUAUGAAUCUAAUGGAUUAUGCUAAUCUGUGUCAGGUGCACAUUUGUUCUUCUCAUGCAGAUUUGCAUGUUGCUUGAACAUGACGUGCUAUAUAUUGUGUGUGCCCAUUCAUAUGCACUUGUUAGAAUUCUCGAGGCUACUAAUCUUAGGCAUCCCCAAUACAUAAUUCCAUCCAAAUUUUCAUUUUAAUCAGUACAGAUAGAAUUUAGCACAAGAUGCUAGCAAUGAAAUUCAAAGAAAAAAAAAACAUAGUUGAUCUUCAGCUGGUUGGCUUGUAGGUUUCUGAGUCUGACCAGUGAGGUCUUAAUAAAUUGGCUCCAUGUUAAGAAGGUUUGCAAAGCAGCAUUUGAUGGCAAGGUGAAGCCAUAAUCAUUUGUUGUGUUACUGAUCCAGCCUACUUUGUUGCCAAAGUCUAUCAUGGUUCUGCCUUGGAGUUGGAACAAUUUGUUAUUGUUGUGAAAAAACCUUUCACCGUAGCUGCCAGCUAGACUUUACCCAUGUAUGAUUUGCCAAGGGAAGAGAAAUUAAUACAAAUCACGAAAUUGAUUCAGAUUUCCCCUGGCUCAGUCCCACCGCAUCCCCCCCCCCCCCCCCCCCCCCAUCUCUUGUGUUAACUGCCUCUGAACUCUUUGGACCAAAGUGCUGAUAAUUGGGAGCCUCCGUGCAUAUUUCCUUCAUUGUGUUUGCCCCACCGCUUGGCAGAACCUGACCGUAUAUGCCCUGCUGCAUGUCUGAGCAUGUGCCCAUUUUAUCUCACCAGCGUUGGUGAGGGAAAAAAAAACCCUGAACGUCUCCGGCCUCCCCGUGACCAUUUUGCAUGCAGACGCCAGCGCGGUUUAGAUUGGAAAUGCAUGAGCUAAGGCCCAGGCAUGCUGCACAAACACAACAGCCCCUUUCAGUUUUAAUUAGAAAUGCAUUCCACUUGCUCUUGAUAAGAGUGUUUACAAAAUCAAUAAAUGGAAAUUAACAGUUGUAAGUUGUAGGCCUAACUCCUCAAAACUUUCUCGUUUUCAUUUGUGGAGUGUGGAAAGGACACCUGGGGAAGAAAAAAAAGCAUGCAAUAAAGAAAAUGGAAGGAAUUCUACAACA